AUGAGUUCACCGCUUCACGAUAACCCGGCUUCUGGCAACCGGGGUACUGCCCCCCGGUCGAGCCGCAAGCGUUCGCGCGCCGCCGACGAUGCGACCCCAUCCUCUGCACCUGGCUCUAGCCCCAUGCCGUCCUCUCCGCCAGCGCCUUUCGAUAUGAAUCACGGUGUCGAGGACGACGACGAGAUCGAGGAAGAGGCUGAGAUCCAGGAUGACAUUGAUGAGCUCGAUGAAAUGGCCGACGAUGAAGUCGACCUCUUCCGUGAAGGAUUCGAGGCCGAUUACCGAGAGCGGGAAGGCGAUGCGUAUGAAGGCGAGGAUAUCGAUGAUGACGGCGACUUCGACGACAUGGACCUCGGCGCCAGGCGAAGACUGGAAGCCCAGCUCAACAGGAGAGAUAUGGAAGUCGCCCGGAGGCAGAGGCUGCCCGCCGCAUUCCUUCCCGGCGACGAUGAAGACGGCGAUAUCGACCUGAUGGCGCAGCCUCGCCGUCGCCGUCAUCACUACGACGAGGACCCCGACGACGGCAUGGAUGCCGACAUCAUGGACGAAGAGCUCUCGCUGGAGGCUCUUGGCGAUGUCAAGGCCUCGAACCUCACGGAAUGGGUCUCGCUUUCACCGGUGCAGAGGACCGUCAAGCGAGAGUUCAAGGCUUUCCUGACCUCCUACACCGACGCCUCUGGAUUUUCCGUCUACGGCAACCGGAUCCGAAACCUCGGCUUGGUCAACGCCGAGUCGCUCGAGGUCUCGUACGAGCAUCUGUCGGAAAGCAAAGCCAUCCUUGCCUACUUCCUCGCCAAUGCGCCGUCGGAGAUGCUCAAGCUCUUCGACGAGGUCGCCAUGGACGUCGUCCUCCUCCACUAUCCCGAUUACGAACGAAUCCACGCCGAGAUCCACGUUCGCAUCUUCGACCUGCCCGUCCACUACACCCUGCGGCAGCUGCGUCAAUCUCACCUCAACUGCCUCGUUCGCGUGAGCGGCGUCGUCACCCGCCGCUCCGGCGUCUUCCCCCAGCUCAAGUACGUCAAGUUCGACUGCUCCAAGUGCGGCGUCACCCUCGGUCCCUUCCAGCAGGAGUCCAACGUGGAGGUGAAAAUCACCUUCUGCCAGAGCUGCCAGUCGCGCGGCCCCUUCACCCUCAACUCGGAGAAGACGGUGUACCGGAACUACCAGAAGUUGACGCUGCAAGAGUCCCCCGGCACCGUCCCUGCCGGUCGCCUGCCCAGGCACCGGGAGGUGAUUCUGCUCUGGGACCUCAUCGACAAGGCGAAGCCUGGCGAGGAAAUCGAGGUGACGGGUAUCUACCGCAACAACUACGACGCCCAGCUGAACAACCGGAACGGCUUCCCCGUCUUCGCCACCAUCCUCGAGGCCAACAACGUGGUCAAGUCGCACGACCAGCUCGCCGGCUUCCGCAUGACGGAGGAGGACGAGCAGGAGAUUCGGAAGCUCUCGCGCGACGCCAACAUCGUCGACAGGAUCGUCAACUCGAUGGCGCCGAGUAUCUACGGACACACGGACAUCAAGACGGCCGUCGCGCUGUCGCUGUUCGGCGGCGUCGCCAAGACGACCAAGGGCCAGCACCACAUCCGAGGCGACAUCAACGUCCUCCUCCUCGGCGAUCCCGGCACGGCCAAGUCCCAGGUGCUCAAGUACGUGGAGAAGACGGCGCACAGGGCCGUGUUCGCGACGGGCCAGGGAGCCAGCGCCGUCGGUCUGACGGCUAGCGUCCGUCGCGAUCCGCUGACGAGCGAGUGGACGCUCGAGGGCGGCGCGCUGGUGCUCGCCGAUCGAGGCACCUGCCUCAUCGACGAGUUCGACAAGAUGAACGACCAGGACAGGACGUCGAUCCACGAGGCCAUGGAGCAGCAGACCAUCUCCAUCUCCAAGGCCGGCAUCGUCACGACGCUGCAGGCGCGGUGCGGCAUCAUCGCCGCCGCCAACCCGCUGGGCGGCCGGUACAACUCGACGAUUCCCUUCUCUGCGAACGUGCAGCUUACAGAGCCUAUCCUGUCGCGAUUCGACAUCCUCUGCGUCGUCCGCGACAUGGUCGAGCCCGCCGAGGACGAGCGUCUGGCGCGCUUCAUCGUCGGCUCCCACGGUCGCAGCCACCCGUCGACGAAGCCGACGGCGACCGUGACAGAAUUGGACGAGGAUGAGGGCGAGGACGAGAGCCAGUCGAUAAGGGAGGGCGAGAUUCCGCAGGAGCUGCUCCGAAAGUACAUCGUCUACGCCCGCGACCGGUGCAACCCGAAGCUGUACCACAUGGACGAGGACAAGGUCGCCCGUCUGUUCUCCGACAUGAGGAGGGAGUCAUUGGCCACGGGCGCCUACCCGAUCACCGUGCGCCAUCUCGAGGCCAUCAUCCGCAUCAGUGAGGCCUUUUGCAGGAUGCGACUGUCGGAGUACUGCACCGCGCAGGACAUCGACCGAGCCAUCGCCGUGACGGUCGACAGCUUCGUCGGCAGCCAAAAGCUCAGCUGCAAGAAGGCACUGGCGCGGGCGUUUGCCAAGUACACGCUGGCGAGGCCGGGGGCUGCGGGACAGCGCCAUUCUCAGAGGCGGUCGGCUGCGGCGAGGGAGUAG